AUGCAACUUCGCCAUGACGUCGAUACCUACUACGCUAGGGAUAGAGCGAAAGAUGACAGUACAGAAGUAUCUUCUAUGUCGGAAGAGGAGUCCUACUAUGCCAUUCUUACACUUUCCACUCGCCAGAUCUUGGCUGCGAACGUUCUCACAGAAUCUGCAGACAACGCUACGGGAGCAACCAUCUUCCAGAAAGAAAUCUCCUUAGACGGGAAGGUGAACACAGUUGACGUGAUCUAUCCUGCAUUGCCCUUUUGGCUUUACGCAGAUCCUGAGCUUCUUCGCUUGCUGCUUAAGCCCAUCUUCGAGUUCCAGGAUUCUGGACUCUACCAUGAGCAAUAUGCCAUGCAUGAUAUUGGUCGCUUUUAUCCAGAUGCUAUAGGCUAUUUCAGCUCAAGCAUACCGGGCGAGUGGGGCGAAGAAGCCAUGCCUGUUGAAGAGGGCGCCAACAUGAUCAUCCUGGCUUAUUCGUACUUCAUGGCUACUAAUAACACUGGAUAUCUGGCAACGCACUUUGAUAUAAUCAAACGACGGACGGUUUACGUGAUUGAAAAGAGCCUAUAUCCUGAACAACAGACUACUACAGAUGAUUUUAACGAUCCCAUCGCCAAUAAUACUAACCUCGCGAUAAGAGGUAUCGUGGCCAUAAACUGCAUGGGUGGUAUUGCCUCAGCUCUCGGAGACAUCACACUAGCGACCAGAUAUGUAACCUUAGCAUACGACUACUACGAGCUCUCGGCCGCCUCAUCUAUCGAUACCACCAAUACCCAUACCCUCCUAGCCUAUCAGCUCCCCAAUUCCUACAGCAUUCUCUAUAGCAUUUAUCUGGCUCUCUUGUUCAACCCCCGCUCAAUCCUCAAGUCCCUCUUCCUCAUGGAAUCAGCCUUCUACCCUACUGUCGCCCAAGAAUACGGUGUGCCUCUCGAUAAUAGACAUCUGUGGACAAAGAGUGACUGGGAGAUGUGGGCCGCAGCUACGAGCCUACCCCAGACGAGAGCUUUGUUUGUGAAAUCGCUUGCAAAGUGGAUCAAUGAAACAGUUACAGACAAGGCGCUUACCGAUCAUUCCAUGACGACGGGGGAUGGAAACUAUACAGACUAUCCGUUCAUCGCGAGACCAGUUGUUGAAGCGCAUUUUUCGCUACUAGCCAUGGGAAUGUUUGGAAGACAUGAUGUUACGAGUGAAAGAAACUAUUGA